GCGUUGGUGAGCCGAAAAAAUGUCCACUCGCUACCACCAAGCUGCCAGCGAUAGCUACCUGGAACUUCUGAAGGAGGCUACCAAGAGAGACCUGAACCUUUCUGAUGACGAUGGCAUGACUCCCACGCUGCUGGCAGCCUACCAUGGGAACUUGGAAGCCCUAGAAAUAAUCUGCAGCAGAGGGGGCGAUCCAGACAGAUGUGACAUCUGGGGAAAUACUCCGCUACAUCACGCGGCCUCCAAUGGCCACACCCACUGCGUCUCCUUCCUGGUCAACUUCGGGGCCAACAUCUUUGCCCUGGACAACGACCUACGGUCUCCUUUGGAUGCUGCCGCCAGCAGAGAGCAGAACGAAUGUGUUGCUCUCCUGGAUAAGGCCGCCACCGCCCAGAACAUCAUGAACCCCAAGAAGGUCAGCAGGCUGAAGGAGCAGGCUCAGAAGAAUGCCAGACGGCAGAUCAAGGAGUGUGAGAGGCUCCAGGAGAAGCACCAGCACAAGAUGGCACGGACCUACAGCAAGGAGGACGCUGGGACUCUUUCUUCUGCCAAGGGUCCUUUCCCCGGGUCGUCCCUUUCCAACGCUUCUGCCACCAGCAUACGUGGGUCGCUGUCAAAGGGCAUUAAAGACACCUUCAAGAUCAAGUUCAAGAAGAAUAAAGACACAGCAGAGCAUGUAGAGAAGGAGAGCAGGGGUGGGCAGAGGAACGUGAUGGAAGUGUUCAAAGAGGAAGAGGAGGAGGAGGAAGACGUGCUCUCAGGGGACAUCAAAGAGAAGCUCCAGCUCUCUGGCCAGGAGGAGGACAGCGGUGCCCAGCACGAAUCCAUUCUCAAACGCCCGGGUCUAGGCAACAUCGUGUUCAGAAGGAACAGAAUGUCGAGCUCUGAAUACAUCCCAGACAGCAAGAGGGAGCUGGGGCUUAAAAUGUCCAGUGAAUUGCUUCAGAGGCAAGGAGUGGCUCAGGCUGACGACACCGAGGCCGACGAAGAAGGAGAGGACGUGGUCCAUCAAGCCGGCCUGCCCUGGGAUGAGGAUGCAGUGCAGUGGGAGGAGGAUGCCGUGGACGCCACACCCCUCGAAGUGUUCCUGCAGUCCCAUCACCUGGAAGAAUUCCUCCCCUUCUUCAUGAGAGAGAAGAUGGACCUGGAAGCCCUGAUGCUUUGCUCGGACGAGGACCUUCAGAGCAUACAAAUGCAGCUGGGCCCCAGGAAGAAAGUUCUCAACGCCACAAGCAGAAGGAAGCAGGCGCUCCUACAGCCUGGGCCACUGGUCGACACCAGCCUCUGAGGUUGUGUUGGGUCAGCAGGGGGAGCUGGCAGCAGUGGGGUGAAGCCAUUCCCCCUGUCGGAAGCACUCCAGGCAAUGCCUGCUGUCUACCGGAUGCCAGGCCACCGGGAGUGGUGUCCAGGGUUUUGGAGAGGCCCACUUAUGAAAGAGGCCCAAGCUCUACUUGGAGAAAGUCUCUAUACCUAUUUAAGUAACCCCCCAGUGAGAAACUCAAGGAAACCUGGGCAUUAAAAAAAAAAUGGAGUUCCUCUUCAAUGAUCCUUUUAAUGUUUUUGAAUAUAGAAAGGGUUAAGUGGAUGACAGAGAAAGGAAAAAAAAACUCUCUUUGCUUUUCCAACUCUGGAUUUAAGAUGAUCACCUCUCAUCACACUGCUGCUUACUCCCUGAUUCUCGUGGCCUGGGGAUUCUAAUUCCAGUUCUGUCCUUAGCUCUAUACCCUGUCUGUUGGUGGAGAGGAGAGUUCCUCCACUGGCCCGAGACUUGGUGCCCAACUUAAAAGUGUCUAAACCUUUAACAGAUGUUUACAUGUUCACGGUAGUCACGGUAAUGGAAAUGGGUCCAUAAUACCCCUGCCUGAGAACAGAGUGGCAGGUAGGGAGAGAGAAGAGAGAUGGAACACAGGGCACCUGCUUUGGACUGAAUUAUGUUGCCCCCAAAUUCAUAUACCGAAGCCCUAACUCCCAAUGUGACUGUAUUUGGAGGUAAGAGCUGUAUUAAAGAGGCAAUGAGGUUAAGUGAGGUCAUGAGAAUGUGGCCCUAAUCCCACCUGACUGUGGUCCUUAUAAGAGGACGCAACACCAGGGAUGCAUAUGCACAGAGAAAAGGCCAUGUCAGGACACAGAAUGAAGGUGGCCAGCUGUCAGCCAAGGAGAGAGGCCUCAGGGGAAACCAGACCUGCCAACACCUUGAUCUUGGACUUCCAGCCUUCAGAGCUGUAAAGAAAAUAAAUGUCUGUUGUUUAAGCCACCCAGUCUGUGGUGUUUUGUUAUGGAAGCCCGAGCAGACUGAUUGAGUGCCUACGCAGGGAGGUCGGGGAGGAGGUAAAGAAGAACAGAGAGAGGAAAAAAAAAGUGGCAUAUUUGAUUAUUUUUCUAAGGGUAAGUGCCUCCCGAAACUUAAAAAAGAAAGAAAAAUGGAGGUUCUUUGUAAGGCAACUUUGAUUGUAAAAGUUAAUGUUAUAUUUUCAUGCUCAUUAUGUACCUGUCUUUUAUUAACUGUUGUCUGCCACCAUUGCUGUAUGUCUGAACACAUGUGGGUUCUACAGUAUAAAUCGGCAACACUGCUGCUGACAGUUGUUGUUUUUUUAA